AUGACAGAAAAGCCUGUCAAAUAUUUAAAGGGAAGUAUUAAGUUUGAAAAUGUAAAGUUUAUGUACCCUCAAAGUGAAGAUUUACUUUUUAAUUAAAACUAAAUUGAUGAAUAAAAUGAAGAUGAUUCCUUAGAAUAAAUUCAAUUAGAUCAGAAUACUUAAUAAUAAGAAGACUCUUAGGCUCAAGGAAUUGAAGAACUCCAAUCCACAAAUAAUCUAUCUAGUUGUGAAAGAUAGAAUAAUUAUGAAAGGAGAAAUGUUUUGUAAAAUGUAAGCUUUGAAAUUAAAUAAGGUUAAUUAGUAGCAUUUGUUGGAAUGAGUGGAAGUGGGAAAUCAACUAUCAUUAAAUUAAUUGAAAGGUAUUAUGAUAUUUAAGAAGGCUCUAUAAUUUUAGAUAAUUAGAAUAUCAAAGACAUAGGACUUAAAGAUUUAAGGAGAAGCAUUGGGUUAGUGAGCUAAGAGCCUUCUUUAUUUGAUAAUGAUAUAGAAUAUAAUAUAGUUUAUGGAUGUAUUGAUGGUAAAUAUACUCAAGAAGAGCUCAAAUAAGUUUGUGAUGUUUCUGGAGUAAGUGAAUUUGUUUAUGAUAAAAAUAGGUUUCCUUAAGGAUUAAAAACUCUAGUUGGUUCUAAAGGAAUAAAGUUAAGUGGGGGAUAAAAACAGAGGAUAGCAAUUGCAAGAGCAUUAAUGAAAAAACCAAGUAUUUUGAUCUUAGAUGAAGCUACCAGCUCUCUUGAUUCAGAAAGUGAGAACUUGGUACAAACUUAUAUUGAUAAACUAUUGGGUUAUAGAGGGAUAACAAUAAUCUAAAUAGCUCAUCGAUUGAGCACUAUAGUAAAGAGUGAUAUAAUAUUUGUUAUGGAAAAUGGGUAAAUCAAAGAAUAAGGAAACCAUGAAUAGCUUUUAUUAAAAGAAGGAGUUUACAAAAGACUGAUUCAUCAUUAAAUAAGCAUAAAUCAUUGA